AUCGUCUGGUCGUCGCAGCCCCCAAACUAUUAACCCCCGAUUUUACCAAAAAGAAAAAAACUAUAAUCUUUUCAUCUAUCAUAUAAGGAUUUGAUCAUCUACAUCAUACGCAUCUUCGAUUCUCUACAUUACAACGCAUACCCAGUUCUUGAAUUUGGUAUUUGGGAGAAAAUUCGAGAUUCUUCGACGAUUUUAACCCUAUAUCUGAAGAACUGCAAACCCAAUUUAGGUUUCGAUUCGUUCGCGCUCUGAGAUACCCAAUGGCGACUCCAUUGAUGACAGGACUUGCAGUUGCAGCUGCUGCUUAUGCUGGUAGAUAUGGCAUCCAAGCAUGGCAAGCUUUCAAGGCUAGACCAGCUUCACCUGCUGCAUUUAGAAAGUUUUAUCAAGGUGGAUUCCAACCUCAAAUGACAAGAAGAGAAGCUGCUCUGAUUCUUGGAGUAAGGGAAAGUACUGCAGUGGAUAAGGUAAGGGAAGCACAUAGGCGGGUGAUGGUGGCAAACCACCCUGAUGCUGGCGGCAGCCACUACCUUGCUUCCAAAAUCAAUGAAGCAAAAGAGAUGCUCAUGAGGAAGAGUAGCAACACAGGCUCUGCUUUCUGAUCUACAUCCCCAUUUUUAACAUUGGUUAUACUUUAAACCUUUCAUGUGUUCCUCUAUUUCUGUAUGAUUCAUGAUUCAUGGAAUUGGAUAGAAUGUGAUAUGUGGAGUUUAUGAAUCUUGUUGUUAUAAUAGGCUAUCACUUAUUUUAAUUGAUUGUGGGAAAGAACUUAAGUCAAAGCAAUAAACAUAUAAAAGUUAUGAUCUUAACUGUUUAAUCUCCAUUUAUCACCAAAAUUACAGCAGCAACAGUGACCAGGGGUAACAUCCACAAGGGCAAUUAGGUCAAUUAGGGGCCAAGUUGGAAAAAAAAUGGUAUUUCCAUCUUCCAACUUCCACCAUAUUCUUGAAACCAACACCAUUGUGAAGGAGCAAAACAGACAACUGAAAAGUCAAAAUCUCCGCAUUCUAUCAUUUCUAGUCCUCAAGAUCAACCAAACUGAGUUGGAUCGUUUGUCAUGUUGAGUUGGAAAAUACAAUGUCAAAAUUGUCAAAAUAAAAAAGGUAAUAUAUAGCUGUCUUUUGUGCCUUUGAGCAAACAUGAAAAGGUAUGUGGAAAAAUAUAGUGUUUUUUGUGCCAUUGAACAAACAUGAAAAAUCGUC